UAGCACGGAUGCUACUGAAUUCAAGUUGGUCGCAUACAUGCCCGGCUAAGAAUAGCGCUGUCAUGUUAUCGAGAAGUUAUUUUUGGAUAGUUCUAGCCUUCUGGGUGUUUCAGUCAGAAUCAGUAAUGUCUUCGCCUGGUUUCGCGCCCUUUGCAUUGACGAGUUUGUCGGACCCCUCACAUAGACGGUCUAUCCAUCUGAUCACCUUCUGCCUCUGGAAGAUCCGCCCGAGGAAAAGCACAACGAGGUACAGAGGUUCUCAGAUGUUAUGCAUCAUCCGAUGAUAAUCAGCAACAAAUUAUGAUUCCGUAUGAGUGAAAUUGAAGCUAUGCCAAAUGAAUGCGUUCGAUGCGGGGCACUGUGUAAACUCAGACCGACGGGCGGUAAAAAAUUGCCCAAUGACUUGAUGAUCUAGCACCAACACCGACCAAUGC